CAAAGCCCCCUCCCUGCUCCUGCCCCACCCAUAUCUCAUGAGGCAAAUUCCCCAGUCAGCGGAGACUCAGUGCGACAGGCUCCCAGCUAACACCUUGCACCUCCAAAAUUGUAUCAUCCUGUAGGGCGCAGUCUGUACAAAGAAGCAAGAUUUAUACAUCGACGCUGCAGGAAUUUGGGUGGAUUUCUAUAGAAAUCUCAUUUCAGAGAGAGUUGGAACCGAGAUGGCAAAACAGUCCAUCGAUUCAAAAGAUGAUGCCAAAGAGAAAAAAAAUAAGCUCAAGGAGAAGAUAGGUGAGGUCCUGGAGAAGAAAGAUGAGCUUAAGGAGAAGAAAGAUGAGCUCAAGGAGAAGAGAGAUGAGCUCAAGGAGAAGAUAGGUGAGCUCAAGGAGAAGAAUGAUGAGCUCAAAGAGAAGAAAGAUAAGCUCAAGGAGAAGAAAGGUGAGCUCAAGGAGGAAGAAGAUCUGAAGGAGAAGAUUGAGGACAUAAUGUUAGGGAAGGUAGAUGACAUCAAUAACAGCAUAGGUGAAAUUAAAGUGCAGAAACAUGACAUCAUGGAGAAGAAAGAUGAGCUCAAGGAGAAGAAAGAUGAGCUCAAGGAGGAAGAAGAUCUGAAGGAGAAGAUUGAGGACAUAAUGUUAGGGAAGGUAGAUGACAUCAAUAACAGCAUAGGUGAAAUUAAAGUGCAGAAACAUGACAUCAUGGAGAAGAAAGAUGAGCUCAAGGAGGAGAAAAAAGAACAGAAGGAGAAGACAGAGAACAUCAUUGUCAACAACAAAAAGCAGAUAGAUGACAUGAUGAAGAAGAAAGAUAAGCUCAAGGAGGAGAAAAAAGUACAGAAGGCGAAGACAGAGAACAUCAUUGAAAAGAGGGAUGACAUUGUCAACAACAAAGAGCAGAUAGAUGACAUCAUGAAGAAGAAAGAUGAGCUCAAGGAGGAGGAAAAAGAACAGAAGGGAAAGACAGAGAACGUCAUUGAAAAGAGGGAUGACAUUGUCAACAACAAAGAGCAGAUAGAUGACAUCAUGAAGAAGAAAGAUGAGCUCAAGGAGGAGGAAAAAGAACAGAAGGAGAAGACAGAGAACGUCAUUGAAAAGAGUGAUGACAUUGUCAACAACAAAGAGCAGAUAGGUGACAUCAGGGGGAAUGAAGAUGAGCUCAAGACGUCAGUGGAAGAGACGGGGGAUGUCAGUAUUGAGGAAACUGGGAAAGAUGUAUCCGAUAUUAAACUGACAGAAGACCUUACAGAUAAUUUGAGAAUGGAAAAUGCAAUAAAUGUAAAAUCCCUGAAUACGAAUCCUGUGAUUGAAGAGAAGGGAAAGAAUUUGCAGCCAGGAAGCUCCCCUGAGCAAGGCAGUAUGGGAGGGUGUGAGGCCACGGGGUACAGGAGCGACUGUAUCCAUGAUCCAGCUGAGCUGACGCUAACUACAGAAAGCAUGGAAGGCGUCUGUGAAAAAAACUUCUUGUCUUUUGAGAAGAAUCCCAGUGCCCUGGAUAAAGAAGAGGACUUGUACACAGGCACAGGAACAACUGAUGGAGAUGAGACAACGGGGCAGGGAAGGAGUGAUUGUACCCACAAUCCAGGGGAGCUGACACUUACUGCAGAAAGCAGGGAAGGCUUUGGAGUUCCUGCGAAACUAAACUUUGAGGAGGGGUUCUUGUCUGGGUCUGUGAGGAAGAAUCCCAGUGCCCAGGACAAUGGAGAGGAUUUGUACAAAUACACAGGAACAGCUGAUAGGGAUGAGCAAACAGGGCCGGGCAGGAGUGAUUGUACCCGCAAUCCAGGGGAGCUGACACUCACUGCAGAAAGCAUGGGAGGCUUUGGAGACAAAAUUCCUGGAGCACAAAACUUUGAAGAAGAGUUUUUGAAAAAUAAUCUCAGUGCCCAGAACAAUGAAGAGGAUUUGUACAGAGGAACAAUGGAAACAGAUGAGAAAGUGGGGCAGGACAGCACCACAGAGAUUAUAUUGCCCACAGAAAAGCCAGAGUGUCUGGAAGUGGGCCAUGAAGCCCAAAAGAACAGAAAGGACAUGUGUCCAGAGAACUCAUCAGCCAACAAGCCAAACGUCCAGCCAGCAGCCGAGAAUGGGACCAUGGGGAGAGAAGCCCUCAGUAAAAGAACAGAGAAGCACAAACUUUGUAGGAAGAAGAAGAAGGAAAAUGAGAAAAUUAAAAAUUUGGGGGACCCAAAGCUUCCUGAUCUUCCUGAAAUCAUAGUCCUACUGAUACGACUCAUGUUUUCAGCUCUGAUAUCAGUGCGAUGGAACGGCUGGCUUAGAUUUCUAGUUCCCCUGCUGAGCAUCUGUGUUACGUCAUCUUCGUUGUGUUCCUCGUGCCAAAUCCAUGAAUUCUGCACUGGGGAAGAUCUGCUGAACCAGCCCUUGACAAUCAGUAAAGCCGGCAAGGAGAAUUUCUGCAGUUUCCAGUUUACUGGCCAUUCUCUUACAGCAAAAUGUAAUGAAUUAGUGGUGGAACUGAGCGAGACACGGAAGUGUGUGCUCCUAUACGUGCCAGGUCUGGUAUAUAAGGAUUUAUUUUUGGAAUAUGGCACUGGCCGUACACCUCCCGUUCCAGUUGCACUUGCAGGAUGUUGUGACAAUUCCCCAAUUGGAAGCAGUGAAGCCAACUACUCCAGACAGAUUUCUGCUCCUCCACCAACACAGAGCUUUACUAGGGAACCUGUGGAAGUGGCAAUUAUAGUACCAAUUCUUAUUGUUGGCUUCCUUUUAAUUAUACUUGUGGUUUAUAUAUAUAAAAGGAAAAGACCUAAGCAAGGUGCCGCUGAGCAUGUGGGAAACCAAACUGAUCAGAGAGACGUGGCUAUUGAAAUGGGACGACUGGGGGCGGUUGGUGCUACAGGGGACAACCAUGAACCAGACAAGCCUCAUUCUAAUGGGGAGAUUGUCAGAGUGAAUCAAGAGAACCUUAGACCAGGAGGGGGCGCUGUCUCCGUGAAGGAGAGUCCUGAAGAAGACCGGAGUGAACAUAAUGGGGACACCGUUUCCCCAGUGGGAAUUCCUGUACAAGAGAAUCCCGAAAUGGAUUUGGGUACAAGCUCUUGCCCAGGAGAGACUGCACCAAGAGACGGUGUAACUGAGCCUUUACUGAUCCAUAAGGAAACACACAGGGGUGUUAGAAACAGUAAUGAAAACUCCCUCUAACGAUGAGGCUAAAUUGCAGCAUCACCUUCUUGGUGGUCAUUUUUAAUGUUUAUAUUCUACUUGAUUAUUACGCAUAGCGCUGACAUUAAUGCACAUAUUGUAUCUAUAUGGUGUAUUGUAUCUGUAAACAUGGAAUGUCUGACAUGUCUGACCGCUGUGCCCAUCUCCCAUCCAUGAUGCCACCUGGUACUGUGGUGCAUCUGGUGGAACUGGGCCCGGUAUCUACUGGAACCAAUUGAGGCAGAAAAACAAAACUGGCUAUAGCAGUGGGGGAUACUGGAAAUAAUUGUGGUACAAAUGAUUUAGAGUUGAUUGUUGGCCAGUAGUGCCAGAAGCCUUCAGUGCCAAGUGCCUUGCGCCAGCGGUUACAAUAGAGGGUCUGGGAUGGCAGAUACAUGGACACAUUCAAGAAAGGGUUGAAUUCCUUCUUAGCAAGGGAGAAAAUACACAGUUACUGAAAUAAACUCUUAGUACUAGGUUGGUACAAGGACUGGUCUGAUUGCCCUUUAGAAGACAGGAAGGAUUUUUUUGGGUGGGGUGUUUUGCUUUCCUCUGGAGCAGAUAGAAAGGUUUCAUUUGGACAAACAGGGUGAACCUGAUGGACGUGUGUCUUUUUACAACCACAAAUACUUUGUUACCAUGUUAAUAGUCUGGGCAUAUGUAUCACAGUGGUACUUCUGCCCCUUUGAGGUUUGCUUUGAAACCAGAGUAAGCAGAACAGUCCCUUCCCAUCAUCCCCCUUAGAACGGGAAGCUGCCCAAUGGGGAUAGUGGAACAGCAGGAAGCUGCCCAAUGGGGACAGUGGAACAGCAGGAAGCUGCCCAAUGGGGACAGUGGAACAGCAGGAAGCUGCUCAAUGGGGAAAGUGGAACAGUAGGAAGCUGCCCAAUGGGGAUAGUGGAACAACAGGAAGAUGCCCAAUGGGGAUAGUGGAACAGCAGGAAGCUGCUCAAUGGGGACAGGGGAACAGCAGGAAGCUGCCCAAUGGGGACAGUGGAACAGCAGGAAGCUGCUCAAUGGGGAUAGUGGAACAGCAGGAAGCUGCUCAAUGGGGACAGUGGAACAGCAGGAAGCUGCCCAAUGGGGAUAGUGGAACAACAGGAAGAUGCCCAAUGGGGAUAGUGGAACAGCAGGAAGCUGCUCAAUGGGGACAGGGGAACAACAGGAAGAUGCCCAAUGGGGAUAGUGGAACAACAGGAAGAUGCCCAAUGGGGAUAGUGGAACAGCAGGAAGCUGCUCAAUGGGGACAGGGGAACAGCAGGAAGCUGCCCAAUGGGGACAGUGGAACAGCAGGAAGCUGCUCAAUGGGGAUAGUGGAACAGCAGGAAGCUGCCCAAUGGGGAUAGUGGAACAGCAGGAAGCUGCUCAAUGGGGACAGGGGAACAGCAGGAAGCUGCCCAAUGGGGAUAGUGGAACAACAGGAAGAUGCCCAAUGGGGAUAGUGGAACAGCAGGAAGAUGCCCAAUGGGGAUAGUGGAACAGCAGGAAGCUGCCCAAUGGGGAUAGUGGAACAACAGGAAGAUGCCCAAUGGGGAUAGUGGAACAGCAGGAAGCUGCUCAAUGGGGACAGUGGAACAGCAGGAAGCUGCCCAAUGGGGACAGUGGAACAACAGGAAGCUGCCCAAUGGGGAUAGUGGAACAACAUUCCCCCUUACAGCAGUUCAUCUGAUUUAAUACAUUUCCAUUGAGUCUGCAGGGCCAAUAACUGACCAGAUCCAUAUUAUUAGUUACUUUAUAUUACAGUUUCCAUUAUUUUGUCCACCACCCUGUUUCUUGAUUUCUUGAAUAGAGCGGAUUAAUGGGGUCUCAUUUGAAGCAGAUCUGUCUGUUUUCAGAACAAUACACCAGGCUUUGCUGCUUUUAGUUAAUUAGUGGAAUAUUUACUCUGUUGCUCAUGAUAGGCCGGGAGAUGUAGGGUUUCUUAGAGAGAGAACAAUGGAAAUGACAUAAGACUGAAACCUUUACAGAAGCUAUGGGGAGUGACGAGCAAAUAUUUUAAUAUAAUAACAUGAAUUACUGUAUGAGCUUUGCUUCUUUUAAUAAAAUGAUUUUCCUGUUUAACUGAUAA